UCGAAGUAACAAAAGUGAAGAGGAAAGUGAUUACCUCCUAACCUAAAAGUAUAGAAAGUGUUUUGUAUUUUACCUUUGAGAUUAUAUAAAUUUUAAAGAAAAUGUAUCGUUGUAUAACUAAAAUAAACCUUUACAACUCGGCCAUUCUUUCAAAAAAGUGCGAGCCGCUGACAUUUCUUACAAAUUCUCGUUUUCUUCAGACUGUUUUAGAAACAAAUUACAACAUCAAAGAGCAAGUAUUCGAUGGAAGACCAUUAUACCUGGAUGCUCAAGCAACAACGCCCUUGGAUCCUCGAGUUUUAGACUCGAUGCUUCCGUAUUUGACUUCGUUCUAUGGAAAUCCCCAUUCUCGAACACACGCGUACGGUUGGGAAUCCGAGGAAGCCGUGGAGAAGGCGAGGACGCAAAUUGCCAAUAUAAUAGGUGCAGAUCCUAAGGAAAUCAUAUUCACAUCUGGAGCGACUGAAAGUAAUAAUAUAUCGAUUAAAGGUGUUGCAAGAUUUUAUGGUGCAAAAAAGAAGCAUGUUAUCACAACGCAAACCGAGCACAAAUGUGUGUUAGAUUCUUGCCGUGCAUUAGAAGGAGAAGGUUUUAAAGUCACUUAUUUACCUGUUGGCGAAAAUGGUAUACUUUCCUUGGAGGAUCUUGAUCGGACUAUUACACCUGAAACGGCUCUUGUCUCUGUAAUGACCGUUAACAACGAGAUCGGUGUUAAGCAACCGAUAUCAGAAAUUGGACGAAUAUGUAAAGCGAAAAAGGUCUUUUUUCACACUGACGCCGCACAAGCUGUCGGAAAGGUGCCCAUGGAUGUUAACGAGAUGAAUAUCGAUUUAAUGUCGAUCAGUGGACAUAAGAUUUACGGCCCGAAAGGAGUAGGCGCUCUGUACGUGCGUAGGAGGCCGAGGGUAAGACUAGAAGCAUUGCAAAGCGGUGGAGGACAGGAAAGAGGACUGCGCAGUGGCACCGUUCCAACUCCUUUGGCUGUUGGAAUGGGAACUGCAUGUGAAAUUGCCACAAAGGAAAUGGCUUAUGAUCACAAAUGGAUGGAAAAAUUAAGCAAGCGAUUAAUAGAUCAAAUUUUUGGUAAACUUGAGCAUGUUAUUCGAAAUGGAGAUCCCGUUCAGACUUAUCCUGGCUGUGUUAAUCUAUCAUUUGCGUAUGUUGAAGGAGAAUCUCUUCUAAUGGCUCUGAAAGAUGUUGCCUUGUCCAGUGGAUCAGCUUGUACUUCGGCAUCAUUAGAACCAUCGUAUGUGUUGAGAGCAAUAGGUGCAGAUGAAGAUUUGGCGCACAGUUCCAUAAGAUUUGGUAUUGGUCGUUUUACAACGAUCGAAGAAGUGGAUUACACUGCACAGAAAUGUAUAUAUCAUGUUACAAGGCUCCGAGAAAUGAGCCCGUUGUGGGAAAUGGUACAAGAAGGAGUCAAUUUGAAAACGAUCCAAUGGUCCCAACACUAAAAAGUGGGUGUGAAAGAAACAACAUUUUAUAAACUUACCGUGUACCAAUGCACUAUGCAACUGAAAGAGAAGCCAUUUUGUUGCAUAUCCUCAUUAAAAUAUAUUUUAUAGGUUGUAAAAUUCCUCGCUUUACUAUUGUAAUAAAAUUGAUUAUUGCUUAUAUAAUGUAGUACAUGAAUGUACUCUUAUAAAAUGUGCUGUGAUGUUUUAUUGCUUUCUUUUACUCAUGGCACCAUCCGUCUCUCAUUUUUGUUUUGAUAGGUAUUAUUUAAUGUUAAUAAUAAAAUACGUACACAUAUUGCUAUGUGCAA